AUGGACGACUCAUACUUUGGUGCUCCCCCGGAUCCACAUUUCGCCAAAGGCUUAAAAUGCUAUGUGGUGUUGCGUCUUCUUCGAGUCAAAAGACCCUGGCUUUGGGCCCUACUUGUUUCCACCAACCCCGCCUUGCGCCGUUUCUUUGCUCUGUUGAGCGGAAACCUAAAGCACCCCAGAGUUGUGGCUCGGAGGGUGAAUAAACUGGCCAAUCUAGUCAGUUGUGGUCUUUUAUACGCUGCAACAGCCAACAACUACUCAAUCCCCAAAGAUUACUUGCUGCUCUAUAUUGUCAUGACCUACUACGGAGAAUUGAACCCACCAAGUUCGAAUCUAGUGGUGUCUCCAUCUACUCAAUCAUUUUCGAAAUUGCACGCAUACAAAGAACAUGGUUGGGUCCGGUGGCUUUACCGGAACAAACACAAGGUCAUUUUUCCAGCAAUUUUUGCCCAGAUACUCUCCAAUUACCUUACUCCAACCACCUACAGAUUGAACCACAAGUACUUAUCAAGCAGCAUCAAAAACUACAUUCUAAAUCCAGUCUGGACCAACUUCCACAUGAGUUCUGCUGGCCAGUACGUAAACUGGGCUGGGCUAUUAAAAAGCUACGUUUUACACAAUGGUGCCUUCUUCGCAUACUACUAUUGCUCAAAAGCAAUCAAAUCGGCCAUUGCCAGCUUUUAUACUCCUGAUGACCGGCAACCAUGGAAGCACCGUUUUCUUUACGCUAUUCACAGAGCCAAUGCGGUGGCCAAUUUCAUAUACUCCCCCCAAUUAUUGUCCAUGCUUUUACUUUCCUUAACGUCGCCACUUUUAGCCCACAGAAAGAUUCGCUCCUUUUACUUGAAACACACAAAACAAUUUAUCAAAUACUACAUCAAGGUCAUUGGCUUCAUUGCGGCAUUUGUGUCGAUGCAGCUUGCAGCCUUGCAUAUCCUCCCCAAUAAAGAAGACGAAACAGGAAGUGCUCGUCAUUUGUCGACGUCUUUCAUGGAUGCUCUCAACAUGUAUCUUUUCCGACUCAUUGUUUUAUCCAAAUGGCGCAUAGUCAAGUCCAAUCACCCAUGGUUCAGGUUCCUUAGAUAUGGAACGUGGGAUCGAAUCGAAACAUUCGUCAUGUGCUACGGAGUAUGGAAACUCAUGAACAUUACUGAUCAUAUAAACUUAAACCGCUUUGGGCAAGACAGAGCAGAAUGCGAGCGGCUUGCCACGGUCCCGCUUUUACGAGUUAUCCAAAAGAUCAUGGCCUAA